AUGAACAUAAACGAGCUGGAGGUAGAUGUCCUACAGCGGAUCUUCUCCAUUCUCGACCAAAGCGAGAGAGCAUGGAAUGCUGCGGCAUGCGCCCCGAGCCUCAUGUGGGAAAGGGUAAAGGUCACGGAUGUCACAUCCAGUGACGGCAAGGCCAGGGAGGGCGGCAUUGACUGCAGGCGGCUCACACACUGGCUCCGGCGGCGUUCCUGCUGUGUCCAUUCCCUCUUUGUCACCGUCGCCUCGGAGGGGCCUGCACCUCUGGACAGGUUGCUGCAUGCGACACUGCCCGAGCUGCACCUGCUGCGGGAGAUGCGCAUAUUUGCCGUGGGCAGCCUGAGCGGGGCUCAGCUUGCCCUGCUGGCCAAUCUGCUGCAACGCUGCACUGGCCUCCGCGAGCUGUCGGUCUCCUUCGCGCCCGAGCCCUCCUUUGUCGCCCAAGACUUGGAUCCCUUUGGCGGGUUGAGCAGACUUACGGAAUUGGCGUUCGACAUGCAUGCGUCGCCCAAGCCGGCAGAGGGGACAGGCGCAGCGUUGAUGCAGUGGGCGGGAGGAUUUCCUGCCGGACUGUGUCGUUUAUCGCACCUGACUGAAUUGGACAUCAGCCUGCGUGCUUUUGAGCGCCCCGCCAUAGCUCUGCCCGAGGAGGUCAUGGGGCUGACGUCCCUGGAGAAGCUGCGACUGGACUCCUGCGGCGCGCUGGAGCUGCCGGGAAGCUUCGCGCAGCUGCGGGGGCUCGGCAGCGUCAGCCUGCGCCAGUGCCGCCUCGAUGCCAUGGGCUGCCUCGACCAGCUCCUCUCCAUGCCCUCCCUCGAGGAGGUGCGCAUAGAGGACUGCACGAGUGUGGAGCCUGGCAUGAUGGUGCCCUGGGAGGACACGCUGCGGCUGAUGCCGCCUCUGCUGGAGCUCAUGGACAUGUUCAACAUCGUCUGCCGCCGCUCCACCAGCCAAGCCAUCGACUCAGACCUCCUCAAAGCUGCCGCACGGCUGCAGCGGAUGCUGCUGGCGCGGUGCAACCAGCUGGUGGCGCUGCCGCCGGUGCUGGGCACCUCCUGGCAGUGCAACCCCAGCCGCCUCAGCCUCCGCUACUGCGGCCUCCAGAGUCUGCCCAAGGGGCGCUAUUUGGGGGCGCUGAAGGUGCUGGACCUGGAGGGCAACUGCUUCCGCUGCAUUCCCCCGGCCCUGGCAGCCGCCGGGCAGCUGACGCACCUGGAUCUGUCCUGCAACCAGGACCUGCAGGUGGGCCCCAAGGACGUGGCCAUUCUGGGUGCUCUGCCGCAGCUGCACAUCCUGGACCUCAGCAAAGUCAGCGAGCGCCUGCCGCACGAGAGCAGCCCACCACCCCACGAGGUGUUGCCAUUCUGGACGGACAGCUCCCUUCAGCACCUGGCCGAGCUGCUGUGCAUGCGCUGCAUCAAGGGCGAACGCAAUCUGGAGGUGGGUGUUCUGCUGCUGGGAGCGCCGUGGCUGUCCAGCUCAGCAGUGGCGCGCGCGUCCGACGGCUCCUGCGAUGCCGCGGCGACGUGCGCAGCGUACAUAGCGCGCAUGCGCGAUGCGCUGUCACCCGUGCGCAGAAAGGCGGCGCAGGCGGCAAAGAGCGAGCGCCGGCGGCAGGUCUGGCGCCGCGUCGUGUUCCAACUUUUUGGCGUUGGCCUCGGCGCCAUGUUCGAGCGGCUGUCGCGGCGGCUGCGCUGGCAUCAGAACCGCUGA